AUCAAGACAGGAAGGGCCAGGUUUAGGGAAACAGGAAAACUGAUGCAAGGAAAUGGACUACGUCACCAGCCAGCCCACCACAGUCUGUGCUAAAAGUAACAUCCAGACCCAGCGCAAGUAUGGAGUCUUUGCUCAAGUCGCCAAUGAAACUUGUACUUUUGACAGCAUGGCUCUCCAGUCUGAUGGACCCAUGCAGCCUCUCUGACAUUUGUGAUUCUUGUCACCAACUUGCAACAUGCAAGGCCCUGAAUGGAUCAAACGAUGCGUGCUUCUGCAACCAUGGAUAUACUGGAGAUGGAAAGACAUUUUGCAAUGAUGACAACGAGUGCCAGAAUGUGACUAAUAUCUGCGGGGACAGGGGGAACUGCACCAACACAGCAGGCAGCUACUACUGCACAUGUGUCUCUGGAUACACAUCGACAGGACUGGGCGAGUUCCAGCCCAACGAUGGCACAGAAUGCAUCGAUAUUGAUGAAUGCAAGUCGGGACAGCUCUGUGGACCAAACUCACACUGCCAUAAUACGAAUGGAUCUUUCUAUUGCACUUGUCAGCGUGAUUACAUCCCAACUUCAGGCACUAAGCACUUUCAUCCAGAGAGAGGUGCGAGAUGUAAAGAACAUCCCCAAAAAUACUGCCACGACAACAUUGAGUGCAUCGCACAGACUGUCAACAAAACACUUGAAUAUAUGAGCAACUUCACCGAACCCCAGAGCCUACUGAAGGAAAUUGCCAAACAGACGUCCGGCGAGCUCACUUCAGUGCAAGUGAUUGCAUAUGUUGAGGCCUUGUGUCGAUCCGCAUCAACACUGGCUGCAGGAGAAAAGGAUUACACUGUCAAACCAUCCGCCAUCAACUCAACUCUAACAAAAUUGGUGAAAGCCGUAAACAACUUGGUGGAGAAGGAUGAACUUGUGGCCUGGAGCAGAAUGAAAGAAGAGCGUCGGGAACAUACCAUCACCAAGCUGCUACAUACUGUUGAAGAAAGCGCUCUGACACUGGCCAACAACUACAAAACUCCAACUGAGCUCGAAAUCAAAGCCAACGAAAUGGAAUUGAAACUCUUCACGUUUGAUGCUCAACACACAAAAGCCAAAGUGUCUGCUUCCAUGGCAGGAGAUCACAUAAAUCUAACUCCAAAACUGAGACCAGAGGAGGACAGGAAUGGAAGUGUGUCAGUGGUGUUUGUGCGAUAUGACAGCAUCGGUGACAUCCUGAAGCCGAGCAGCGACCCAGGUGUCACCGACUACUCGCGGUAUGCAGGAACAGGGGAAAUCACUGUCAACUCCCGAGUCAUAGCAGCAGCCGUCAAACCUGCUGACGUUUACCAACUUGACCAUGUCACCUUCACUCUGAGACACAACGAGCCCAUAGACACUAAAGCUGAUGUGACGAAGUGUGCCUUCUGGGAGUACGAGGUGGACAGCCUGCAGGGCCACUGGGCGACUCAUGGCUGCAAGACCGUCCACGUCAACAGCAAUGCAACCACCUGCUCCUGCAAUCACCUCACACACUUCACCAUCCUCAUGUCCUCUGGGCGAGCCAAUCUGGUGGCCCACUAUACCAUCCUGACCCGGAUCACCCAGCUGGGGAUGAUCAUCUCCCUCAUCUGUCUGUCCAUGUGCAUCUUCACCUUCUGGUUCUUCAGUGAGAUCCAGAGCACCAGAACCACCAUCCACAAGAACCUGUGCUGCAGCCUCUUCAUGGCCGAGUUCAUCUUCCUGGUGGGAAUCAAUAUGAACACACACAAGCUUUUCUGCUCUGUUAUUGCAGGGCUGCUGCACUAUUUCUUCCUUGCGGCCUUUGCCUGGAUGUGCAUCGAGGGCAUCCAUCUGUACUUAAUAGUGGUUGGUGUCAUCUACAACAAAGGCUUCCUGCACCGUAACUUUUACAUCUUUGGCUACGGAAGCCCGGCAGUGGUGGUGACCAUCUCUGCAACACUCGGCUCCAAGUACUACGGCACGGAUAAAGUGUGUUGGCUGAGCACAGAAAACCACUUCAUAUGGAGUUUCAUCGGGCCUGCGUGUUUGAUCAUUCUGGUUAAUCUCUUGGCUUUUGGAGUAAUCAUCUACAAAGUGUACCGGCAUACUGCUGUGAAAAAGCCUGAAAUCAGUCACUAUGAAAACAUCAGGUCCUGCGCCCGUGGUGCUUUGGCUCUGCUGUUCGUGCUGGGAGCCACCUGGACCUUUGGAGUGCUGCACAUCCUCAAUGAGACCACCCUCACCGCCUAUCUGUUCACCAUCACCAACGCCUUCCAGGGGAUGUUCAUCUUCAUCUUCCUCUGUGUCCUCUCCAGAAAGAUUCAGGAGGAGUACUACAGGCUUUUCAAAAAUGUGCCAUGUUGUUUUGAAUGCCUGAGAUGAAUUAAUGCGACCAAAGCCUGAUCAUCUGCACUUGUACAACGAUAGUCGACACUACAGCUCUGCAAUAUCCUGUGAUUCAUGCUUUCAUUUUUGGAAAAUGAUGUGGGAGGAAUUGUUUAGUACAGAUGUCUAAUAAAUGAGAACAUGUAGCACUUAUACUUUGUAAAUGUUGUUUCCCUUUUAGAAGACUGCCAACAUAAUGUUUGUUUGUUGGUUUUAUGUUCAGGAUCUUUCUGUACAAUGCAAACAUACAAAUCUUUCAACGUGUUCACAAAAGGCAUUCUUCUGAGAGUAAUACAGGAAUCAAAAUAUUUUGUACAUUUUCAGUUUAAUUUAAUGCCUUUGCAGCUAUUAGCAUUACACCCCAAAUAAUCUUCGCAGUCUGUUGUCUUUGUUCCUUUCUUGUGUUUGAAAUUGAUUUGUAAAUUAUUAAAAUGAUUGUGGCAAAUUAA